GUCCGGCCUACAUCUCACGUUUCAUAUCUUGCCACCAACCAGAAAGAAUUGUAGAGGGAGUUUUGAGUGUCAAAGAUGAAGACUCUUCUAGUAGCUCCUUCACCUCUACGCAUCCUUUCCCCAUUUUCACGCUUUCUUUACUCUAGUACUAGUACUAGUAUUAAUUACAAGAAUAAUGCUACUCAUAGCUACCGUCUUUCUCCUUCUCCAUCUAACUCCUUUUUCUCACUAACCUCAACUCUUCCUCUCAUCGCCAUGGCUUCUCAGGUAGAUUCAGUGACUUCUCAGAAUCUAUCAUCUGGUGAUGAAGUUAAUAUUUUUCAGUUGAUUCAAGCUCAUCAGGAAAAGGCUGCUAGGCUAACUCCCACAGAAGACGUGAGAACACUUCUUCAUUAUAGCCUCCGUGGUGUGCUUUCUACUUUCUCUCAGAAGUAUGAGGGCUAUCCUUCAGGUUCUAUGGUUGAUUUUGCAUGCGAUGCGUAUGGAUCUCCAAUAUUAGCCGUUAGCAACUUGGCUGUUCACACCAAGGACCUCUUAGCUACUUCUAGAUGCUCAUUGCUUGUUGCAAGAGAUCCUGAAGAUAGGACUGACUUAGUAAUUACUGUGCAUGGUGAUGCUGUUCCUGUACCGGAAACAGAGAAAGAAGGAAUUCGAGCCACAUAUUUGGCUAGGCAUCCUAAGGCAUUUUGGGUUGACUUUGGUGACUUCCAAUUCAUGCGCAUUGAACCCAGAAUUGUACGUUACAUAUCAGGUGUUGCAACUGCUAUAUUGGGAUCUGGAGAAUUUAGCAAAGAGGAGUUUAGAACAACAAAAAUAGAUCCAAUAUACCAAUUUUCGAAGCCAAUCACGUCACAUAUGAAUAAAGAUCAUGCCGAGGAUACCAAGCUGAUUGUGCAGCACUCAACAUCGGUUCCGGUGGACUUUGCCUACAUGUUGGAUGUCGAUAGUCUUGGUUUUAACGUCAAGGCUGGCUACCGAGACAACAAUUUCAAGCUUCGAGUUCCAUUCCCUAGACGUGCUGUAGACAGAAACUGGUGCAAUAUAUGCAACAGUAUUUGGCAAGGGUAGUGGUGCUUUCUUGGCUUCUGGGACCACAUGCUCAUCCAGGGACGUGAAGGCGCUUAUUAUUGAAAUGCUUCAGGCUGCCAGGACUUAGGCUCAUCGAUUAACCUCUAUAAUUUCUGAUUCUAGCUAGUUCAAUAUCAUGUAAAUGUUUAAAACAGCUCUGUGGAACACUUGUGUCACAAUGAGAUUUUGAGAUUCCUUGGCAUAUAUACGUAAUCUGAUAGCAAACCAGCCAUUUUAAUCGAUCA